UUAUGACGUGUCCCAUGUCUCGUCAGUCCGUCCCAUGUCAGCGGAAAUGAUAUGAAAACAACAUGGCGGAGAUACGUACAGUUGAAUUUGUAUAACAGAGAGAAUUUUGUACUCAUAGCUUGUUUAGAUCGCGAGGAAUUCAAUCAGAAAAUUACUAGAGUGUUCAAAGAUGGAUAACCUUUAUCAGGAGACAAAUCGGCUUAUCGUUGGAGUUCAGGGACUGCUAAGUAAACUCAGCACUGCGCAUCCGGAUUCACUGAAUGCCAUUGAACAGGAAAUAGAACAAAACCUGGAGAAGGUCUCAUCCAACUGUGAUCGUCUGACCAUCCUCAUUAACAAGGAGCCACCACAGAAGAAACAGAGCGCGAGGAUAAAAGUGGACCAACUAACAUAUGAUUUAAGACACCUGAAGACAGGCUUCAACAAUUACCAGCAGCGUAAAAUGAUGAGGGAACAAGAAGAAAGGGAAAGAGAAGAACUACUCAACAGAAGGUUCACAACUAAUAGUGGUGAAACAUCUAUCAUGAUAGACCAUGCCCUACAACACAACACUUCCCUUCAAAAUGCUGACAGAGGAAUAAGUGAUUUAUUGUCCAGUGGGUCCAGUAUUUUGACAAGCUUACGAGAUCAGCGUCUCACCUUAAAAGGAGCUCACAAGAGAAUAUUAGAUAUUGCCAGCACUCUUGGCCUUUCCAAUACUGUUAUGAGAUUGAUUGACAAGAGAGCUACCCAGGACAAAUGGAUUGUGUUUGGAGGAAUGAUAGUUACUUGUAUAAUAAUUUUCUUAGUAGUGAAGUACUUAACAUGAUAUCCAUGGAGCAAGCUAUAAUACGUUUUUAAAUAUUGCUCGUGAAAAAAGUACGUACACCUCAAAGACAGACAUUUUCUGUUAAAUCUUUUCCUUUAUCAACUGUAGACUACAUGUAUAAGAACAAACCUAAGUUUAGAAAUUCUGUGCCAAAUUUUCAUUUUAGAGAAAAAUGAACCAUAUGUAAAGAAGGUGCCUAUUGUAAAGUAGUUUUAUUCAAUUGGGGCCCAUCUACACCAGGCAAAUUUUAUAAGUGCAGAGGUUGAAUAUUAGUCUUGCCAAGGUCAGACUUCAAAAGUGGCUGCAUCCCGCCUUGGAGUAGGAAAAAUUAAAACCAACAGAUCUGUCAAUGAAUUUUGAGGAAAACACAAAGAGAAGGCACUCAAUUUCGACAUUUGUGGUUAGCAAAUAAUUUUAAUUCUUUAUUUUUAAGCCUUGAUAUGAUUACAGAAAGUAAACAUUUGGUAAUUUGGUAAUUUCCCAACCUGUCUGCGCUUCAGAAACAUACGGUCUAUCCCUAAAAAGUCUAAAAACGUUUGUCAACAAUAUAACCUGUUUCCUUCAUCUCUGCAAGUACUCUAACUUAGGAACUUGUAAAAAAGUAUUUGUGAACUCUACAUUCAAGAGUACAGGCUGCAAGCCCGUUUUCCCAUAGAUAUUCACCAUAAAUAUUAAAACAAAUUUCUAAAGGACAGUUCAA